AUGCUCGUAAAAAUUAAUCUUCGUCCGGAUGCUAAAGGUUCUUAUGUAGAAGUUCUGGAAAGAUAUGUCAAUCUGGGACCAAUUGUUGACUUCUGUGUGGUUGACCUAGAGAGGCAAGGUCAAGGUCAGGUUGUGACUUGCUCUGGAGCCUACAAAGAUGGUUCUCUGCGCAUAGUUCGAAAUGGAAUUGGAAUUAAUGAACAGGCAUCAGUAGAACUUCAAGGCAUCAAAGGAAUGUGGUCAUUAAGAUCAGCUACUGAUGAUCCAUAUGACACUUUCUUGGUUGUAAGUUUUAUAAGCGAGACUCGGAUUUUGGCGAUGAAUCUUGAGGAUGAGCUGGAAGAAACUGAGAUAGAGGGUUUUUAUUCCCAAGUACAGACAUUGUUCUGCCAUGAUGCUGUAUACAAUCAACUUGUACAGGUUACGUCAGGCUCUGUGAGACUAGUCAGUUCUAUGUCGAGAGAACUACGACAUGAAUGGACAGCUCCACAAGGAUAUUCAAUCAAUGUUGCCACUGCUAAUGCUACCCAGCAUUGCUUGAAGAGGAGUUCUGAUACUAAUAAUCCUUUAUCUUUGUCAAUGUUGGUUGGGGAGGUUCACUGUUAUUGGGGUGAUGGAAUAUUAGUUCCAAGUGCAAAGUUCAUGGUUAAUGGGUUGCAUCAUCAUUUAGGUAUAGAAUUGUCUUUGGAUACAUCACCAUUUAUCUUCUCCCCUUAUGAGAAUGCUUUGACUGUUUGA